AUGUUAAGAAGAGCCUUCUCAACCACCAGAGCAGCCAGAAACUACUCGGACACGAUCAAGAACCUCAAGAUCAACAAGGACACCAAGGUGAUCUACCAGGGUUUCACGGGAAGACAGGCCACCUUCCAUGCUGAGCAAGCCUUGGCAUAUGGUACCAAAAUUGUCGGUGGAACCAACCCAAAGAAAGCCGGCCAGACCCACCUGGGCAAGCCCGUUUUCGCCAGUGUUGCGGACGCCAUCAAGGAGACAGGAGCUACCGCCAGCGGUAUCUUUGUUCCUCCUCCGAUCGCGGCCAGUGCCAUUGAGGAGGCUGUUGCUGCUGAGAUCCCGCUGGUGGUCGCCAUCACCGAGGGAAUCCCACAGGCAGACAUGCUGAGAGUGUCGCAGCUGCUCAGAACCCAGUCUAAGACCAGAUUGGUCGGACCUAACUGUCCGGGAAUCAUUGCUCCAGAACAGUGCAAGAUCGGAAUCAUGCCCCAGAACAUCCACAAGAAGGGCAGAAUCGGCAUUGUUUCGAGAUCCGGAACCCUCACGUACGAGGCCGUCAACCAGACCACCAAGGUCGGUCUGGGCCAGUCGCUGGUCAUCGGAAUGGGAGGUGACCCAUGUCCAGGUACCAAUUUCAUCGACGCCCUGACACUGUUCCUGAACGACCCAGAAACAGAGGGUAUCAUUUUGAUCGGUGAAAUCGGUGGAGAGGCCGAGGAAGAGGCCGCUGAGUACCUCAAACAGUAUAACCUCACCAGAGACGUUCCAAAGCCGGUUGUCUCCUUCAUUGCCGGUGUUACUGCUCCUCCAGGAAGAAGAAUGGGCCACGCCGGUGCUCUGAUCUCGGGCGGCAAGGGUACUGCCAAGUCCAAGAUCGAGGCUUUGACUGCUGCCGAGGCCGUGGUUGUGCCUUCUCCAGGCAGACUCGGUAAGGCUCUCUACGACCAGUUCGUCGAGAAGAAGUUGCUCUAG